AUGGAAUCUCGACGGGUGUCAAAGAAGAGACUAGGGUUACAUGAAAAAACUUCAAAGAAUGUGGCCAAACGUAGGAAAGGUAAAGGGAAGGGCAAAGAUGAUUCUAAUACUUCUGAUGAAAACCUGUACGGUAUUUUAAAUGAAAGAAAUAUCAAGGACGUUCAGUUUGGUAUGGAUAAAAGAUUUCUAACCUGGUACGGAAGCAAUGUAUAUUUUGAUAAUGAAACAGAACAGUUGGGAAUAAAGGAUAAUGGGAACAGCAAUACUGAUUCCAAAGACAAACAAAGUACUGAUGUACAUUCAUUAACAGGUAAAACCAGAUUUUGGCUUGACACUUUAUUUGUGUGUGAAUAUUGCUUCAAGUAUUCAGAGAAUGAGGAAAAUUUUAGAUUACAUGCUGAACGAUGUCGACACAAACAUUCUGCUCCUGGGAGAAUCAAAUAUAAGAGUCCCCAAUACACGAUACGAAGGGUAAGAGGAUAUAAACAUACUCUUUUUUGUCAAUGUCUUUGUCUUUUCACGAAACUCUUUCUCGACAAUAAAUCGAUGUACUUCAAAGUAAAUCAUUACGAUUUCUACAUUCUUUAUGAAACCACAACCGACCUUUCAAUGAAGAAUAAACCUUUGGGAUUUUUUUCGAAAGAUCUAGUGUCCUAUGACCAGAAUAAUUUAGCAUGUAUCUUGAUAUUUCCGCCAUAUCAAAGACGAAGAUUAGGGUCUCUAUUAAUUGAAUUCUCAUAUAAAUUAUCCAAAUUAGAUGAUAUUAUUUCAGGACCUGAGUUACCACUAUCUCCGUUUGGUCUUAUUGGAUAUUUAAAGUACUGGUCUCAAAUUAUCUCAUGGGAAUUAACAGAAGGUGAAUUAUGUGACUUUGAUUCUGUCACUCUGGAAGAUAUAUCUAAAGUGACUGGUUUAAGGAUAAACGAUAUCAUCAUGACAUUGAAACAUCUGGAGUGCAUUGGUGAGGAGAAUCGGAUAUACUUGGAUAAACUAAGACGUUGGUUGAAGACUCACGAAAGGACAUUUAUGAUAGAGGACCAAUAUUUAUUGCUAGAUGACUAA